AUGCCUGAACAAGACAGCGGAGGGAAGUUCAUGACCCGUAGGAUCAGGAACAACAUCACUUAUUAUCACGCUGCAUUUCCAGAGGCAGGUGACCAGGUAACGCUGUGUCUGACCAAAGAGUCUCAGAGCCCCCCCGCUCGGUCACCCUCCACUCUGCCCCUCAGCGACUCCCCCUCUGCAAACUCCCCCUCCUCCCCGCUGCUCUCUGAUUCACCCUCGCACACGACCGCCCCCCCACACGGCAAGGCACAUGCCCGUCCGCUUCUUCUUUUCUUCCCCUGGCUCGGUGCCCGGCCGGUGGCGGUGGCCAAGUACAGGGACCUCUACCUGACCCGUGGCUUCGACGUCCUCGUGGUGCAGAGCAGUGUCAUGCACUUCCUCUGGCCUCGAUGGGGCCUCGACUACGGAUCGGAGGUGUUGCAGGUUUUGCAGGAGCCUCAGUUGUCGGGGAGGGAGGUGCUGGUCCACUCGGCCUCCAUCGGUGGCUACACUUUCACCCAGGUACUCGCCCAAAUCGCUCAGGGGACGAAACAGCACGCAGGCCUGGCCCAGAGGGUGAUAGGGCACAUCUACGACAGCUUGGUGGUCGGCACCCUGGAGCACAUGGCGAUAGGCCUCGGCAAGACUCUGGUGCCGCGUUUCGAGGGCUUCGUCAAAAACGCAGCCAUGUUUUACUUCUGGCUCUUCAAGUCCCAAACAGCAGACUUUUACAACAGCAGUAUCCAGGUUUUCCGCAACAGCCCGAUAACCACGCCAGCCCUCUUCUUCUUCAGCGAGAACGACGCCCUUUGCGACUGGGUUGCCGUGGAAAACACUAUUGACCUCUGGAGGAAGAGAGGCGUGGCCGUGGAGAGCAGGAAGUGGAAGGAGUCGACACACGCGGCGCACAUGCGGUGCCACCCGCAAGACUACCUGUCGACGCUGGACAGAUUCUUGAAGUCACUGCCGACGCUCCCCCUCAAAUCAAAAAUGGAAGAUGCUUCAUGA